UUUGCAAUAUUAUAGGAAUGUAUUUACGUAUUUAUGUAAAUAAAUAAAUAAAGAAAUAAAUAAAUGAGAAAAAUAAAUUCAUCGAAAUAAUUCACUAUGAUUAAUAAGAUUUUAAAUGGUAGACUUAUUUCUUCCCUAAGAAAAGAAAACAAAUUUCAACAAAGAUCUUUGUUUUAUUGGCUGACGAAAAUUUUUAAUAGUGUUAGUGAAGAAAGGAUCAAAGAAGUUGGCCCUGAUCAAGCUUGUGCUGAAUGGCUUUUAAAAAAUGGAGCCUACGUUAAAUGGAAAAAUUCAUCUAAUUAUUUAAAGGAUUAUAAUGUUUUGAUCACACAGAAAGGAAGUAAUUAUAUACAAUCGGUUGAAGCUGUAAAUGCAGGCAUAACAUAUGUAGGAUUUCCAUAUUUUGAAGGUUGCAAUCAUAUAGAGGAAGUUAAGCUUAUUCGUUGUCGAUACAUUUGCAAUAUAGCAAUGUCAAAAUUAUUGUAUUUAAAAAACUCUCUUACUCAUCUCGAAGUUAUAGAUUGUCCAACUGUAACCGAUGAAGGAUUGUAUAAAUUAGGAAAACUUGAAAAUUUGAAAACAUUGAAACUUGAAGGACUGAGAUAUGUAGAAAAUCCAACUGAUGUUAAAAAACAAUUGAAACAUCAUUUACCAAAUAUUCAAAUUGAAUGGAUAUAACGCUAUACGUCUCCAUGUUUGAUUUUAAUAACCUUGCUAUUUAUUCGCAAACAUAAUGUACGAUUAUGAUGAGAUUACUA